UUUUCGCCAACUCGCGUCUGGUUCAGUGCUGGAUCUGGCUUAACCAAGCUAGGGGAAAGGGGUGUCACAGGCCGACCUCUCCAGGGACCCGCAGGCCCACGGCCGGAUUUGCAGUUCAAGAGCACCGGCCUCACGCGCGGGUCAGGGCUCUUGCCCCGCCCCCGAGUCUGCCCCGCCCUUCUUUUCGCAUUGCGGGGCGGCUGGAGGUUGGCACUGUGCCCCUGUACCCCACGUGGCGCUCGGCCAGGGCUGGGGGAGGGGGUCUGGAGAGGCAAAUCCAGAGAGAAGUCUCCCACACACACACCGCCCGUGCAGGGCUGGGCUGCGGCUGCCUCUGGGAGGGGUCCUGGGUAGCUAAGCAGAGAGGGCUGCGGGAAGGAGUGACGUCAGGGUGAGUGGGUGCCCAAGAAGGGGUGUGUAGGAGAUCGGGAAUUCGAGAGGACGGAUCAGGCCCGGUCGAGGGAGAAGACAGGUCAAGGGGAGAGAAAAGAGAAAGAGCCGCUAUAGAGUGGGGCUGCGGGCCAGGUGGAGUAGAGACCGCUGUUGUUAAGGGAAGCUAAAAGAAAAAGAAGGGGUAAAUAAGGAAAGGGGGGCUGGAGUGGAGGGAGGAGAAACGAGCUGGGAGACUGAGGGUGGAGAGAGAGGAAAGGAAGAGGAGACUGAGGGGAGGAGAAAGGAGAGAGGGCCACAGAAGGAAGAAAGGACUAGAGUCCUGAGUGAAGACAAAUAGAAAAGGGGGAGAGAGAGCGCUAGAGGGAAGUGAGGGAAAGGUCUGUUGGGGGGUCCUGUAGGAGGAGUGAACAGGAGUGGGGAUGUGGAAGGGAGGGAAUCAGGAAGCAGUCAUUGAGGGGUCAGGUGGAGAACUGGGGGGACCAGGGAGCUGGGGUCUACAAGAUGCAGCAGGCCUCUUAGCCAGAGCCUCUUUGCCUAUCAUGUUUCCAUGGCCACUGCCCCUAGGUUCCUCAGUUCUUACUGUGCUCCUCGGAGCCCUCACUUCUCUGUUCCUUUGGUACUGCUACCGCCUGGGCUCCCAAGACAUGCAGGCCCUGGGGAUUGGGAGCAGAGCUGGGGGUGUUAGUGGUAUGCCUGAUGUAUGCUCUCAGACUGGCUCACGGGGCUCUGGGGAUCCUGGGGAAGGACACAGGGCAGAAGGUCUAGUGAGCAGGCGGCUUCGGGCCUAUGCCAGGCGUUACUCCUGGGCUGGAAUGGGCAGAGUGAGGCGGGCAGCUCAGGGUGGCCCUGGCCUCACAGGAGGGACAGGGAUACUGGGCAUUCAGCGCCCUGGCUUACUUUUCCUACCAGACCUGCCUUCAUCCCCCUUUGUGCCACGUGAUGCCCAGAGGCAUGAUGUGGAGCUCCUACAGAGCAGCUUCCCCGCCAUUUUGCGGGACUUCGGAGCUGUGAGCUGGGACUUCUCAGGGAGUACCCCUCUGCCUCGGGGCUGGUCCCCACCCUUGGCCCCUGGGUGCUACCAGCUCCUGCUGUACCAAGCAGGCCGGUGCCAACCCAGCAACUGCCGGCGGUGCCCAGGAGCCUAUCGGGCACUGAGAGGGCUGCGGAGCUUCAUGAGUGCCAAUACCUUCGGCAAUGCUGGCUUUUCCGUUCUACUGCCUGGGGCCCGGCUUGAGGGCCGCUGUGGACCCACCAAUGCUCGAGUUAGAUGCCAUCUGGGUCUGAAGAUCCCUCCUGGUUGUGAGCUGGUUGUUGGUGGUGAGCCCCAGUGUUGGGCUGAAGGGCACUGCCUCCUGGUGGACGACUCCUUCCUGCAUACAGUGGCUCAUAAUGGAUCCCCUGAAGAUGGGCCUCGAGUGGUCUUCAUCGUGGAUCUCUGGCACCCUAACGUGGCUGGGGCUGAACGCCAAGCUCUUGACUUUGUCUUCGCACCAGACCCUUGAAAGAAGCUGUUCCCUUCCAGCACCUGAGCUGGGGUGAGGCUGCACUCAAGGACAGCUUAAGUGGUGGCCAGGACCUCUUCUCCACUGUGAGGGGCAGGAAGGUGUGACUUACUCAGCCAGCACUGAAUACAAAUUCUGAAUCCUCUCCUAA